AUGGCCAGCAAGAAGCUGCGCCGUUACUUUCUGGCACAUAAACUAGUGCUAUAUACAGACCAACCUUUGAAACAACCCCUUACUAAGCUAGACGCUGCUGGACGAAUGCUGAAAUGGGCAAUUGAGCUGAAUGCAUUUGAUAUCUCAUAUGAGCCUCGAAAAGCUAUCAAGGGACAAGCAUUUGCCGAUUUCAUUGCAGAAAUGACGAGGCCAACUUUUGAAAAGAAUGUAGCGACUCGCUGGACAGUCUAUGUAGAUGGCUCGUCAACCCAGAACGGGUGUGGAGCCGGCAUAAUAUGUCAAUCUCCUGAAGGAGACAAGUAUGAGUAUGCCAUGAGAUUCAAUUUCCAAACAUCCAACAACGAGGCAGAAUAUGAAGCUUUAUUAGCCGGCAUAAAAAUGUGCAAAGCUGCCGGAGCUCAAGAAAUACUUGCCUUCUCUGACUCACAACUCAUUGUGAGUCAAGUGAAUGGGGACUAUGAGGCAAGAGACCCUAACAUGAUCAAAUAUAUGCAAGCUGUGCAUCAAGAAAUAGAACAUCUAAAGAGCUUUGAAGCUAAGCAGAUUCCCAGAACGGAGAACAAUCAGGUCGAUGCCCUGUUAAAACUAGCUAGCUCGGCUUCCUGUGAUACCCCGCGUCACGUGUUUUGGGAAAUGAAAGAUAAGCGAAGUAUUGAGCAAGAAUUGUGCGCUCCUAUGGUAGCUAUUCUUGAUCGGUCGUCAACCUGGAUGGACCCUAUCAUUGCUUACAAAGUGGACGGGAAAGAAAUUCUAGAUGAUUUGCACCAGGGAUUAUGUAGCUCCCACAUUGGAGGACGUGCCUUGGCAGAGAAAGCCUUGCGAACAGGUUAUUACUGGCCCACGCUGAGAGAAGACGCCCUGGCUAUGGUGCAAAAAUCUGACAAGUGCCAGCGGUUUGCUCAUCUCAUCCACAGGCCGGCCCACCCUCUCACUCCUAUCAUGAGUCCCAUUCCAUUUGCUAUGUGGGGAAUGGACCUGUUAGGGCCAUAUACAGCGGCCCCUGGAAGCCGGCGCUAUGUGAUAGUAGCUGUUGAUUACUUCACCAAGUGGGUUGAAGCAGAGGCUCUCAAAAACAUAAAGACAAGUGAUUUUGAGACGCCUAAGCUGAAGGAGUGGUUAGCAGACCACGGCAUACACAGCUGCCUUGCCUCUGUGGGCCGACCUCAAGCCAAUGGCCAAGUCGAAGCGUUUAACAAGAUCAUCUCCGAAGGGAUCAAGAAGAAACUAGAUGAAGCCAAGGGUCUAUGGGCCGAUGAGCUGCCAAACGUCUUAUGGUCCAUCCGCACCACGGCUAAAAACUCAACCGGCGAAACCCCAUUCCUGCUAGCCUAUGGUGCUGAGGCCGUGUUGCCCAUAGAAAUGUGUGAACCUACACUAAGAGUCAUGUUAUAUGACGAGAAUGCCAACUGGGAAAUGAUGAAGUUCGCCCUGGACUUUUUACCUGAAGUAAGAGGAAAUGCAGCAUUGAGGCAAUAA